CUUUCACGAUGGAAUGGGGGAAUCGACAUUUAUGUGGAUUCUUCGGCUGCCGACAUCGUCGGAAUAGAAAGUCGUUGCCGUUAUAAUACGCACUUCACAAUAUUUCUCGAUCUCUGAUAAUUGUAUAAAACGAUAAACUAAACAGUUCACAGCCUAUAUAAUUUAGCUUAGUGGUUAGUGAUUGAAGUGAUAAUUUUAUUGCAAAGUGUGGAAUUGUUUAGCUACCGGACGAAGGAAUUACAGAAUUGAUGACAUAACCAGAGAAAAUUCUAAAAUGUGCGUCGAAGAACCAAAAAAUAGAAAUAACGGCCAAGUUAAGAACAAGGACUACUGUAAUACUAGUGCACAUCUUCUGGAUUCCUCAUACGGUGUUGAUAAAUUAGACUUGCUGAAGUUUCACAAAUUAUCCUGUUUGGUUCUUCAGAACUUAAUUGAAACUGUUUCAAUUUCAACAGGAAGUUUGAUUCAUCAACAAUCGACGCAGGCGGAAUCCAGAAGAGUUUUGAGGACUUUAUUGAUAAUAUGAUUUCUUAUGGGGCUGAUAUUCCAUGCGACGACUCUGAGGAAAGUUUUAGUUCAAAGGAACUGCCAGAUUUUUACGACGAAACAUUAUUCAGGAAGGGUCAGGCGUUAUACCAUGAUAACAUAUUCGGCAUAUUCUCCGCAAAAUUUUUUGGUUUGUUGUCAAUUCUUCCUUCAAUAUUGCGAGUUUUGGUGCAUACGAGAAUGUCAGGGAGUGAUUUAGCAGCCUACAGGAGAUAUAUGGGAACUAUUUUUCAUAUGAACAUUUGGUAUGACCAUAGUUUCAUGCCGGGAUCAAAAUCUUGGAAAUCAAUUAAAGAAGUGAAAUCUAUGCACAAUUCAGCAAGCAAAAGGUGUUCUAAGGGAGGUUUGGGUAAGAUUAGUCAAAUGGACAUGGCGUUAACUCAGUUUGGGUUUAUGGGCUAUCAACUAACGAGAAGUAACUGGUUUGGUAUUGGACAUAUCACCGAUGAAGAAUGGAAAGGUUUCGUACAUCUAUGGAGAGUUGUGGGUUAUGUUCUAGGUAUUGAGAAUAGAUUUAAUAUCUGCAGAAAUUCUGUGGAGGAAACCAGACAAAUAUGUGAGAAACUUAUUCAAAAAGUUUUCGUUCCUCAUGUGGGCAAACAGGACAAAGACUUCCUUAAAAUGUCAGAACAUCUUACACACGGAUUAUGGUGCAUGAGUCCUCUUUUAAAUUUUAACGUUGUCAUGGUAACACUGCAGCUGCUUCUAGAAAACGACUCUGGUGAUAUUCAAAAUCGAAGUAACAAAUUAACCACCUUAGAAAGGAUUACCAUGUUGUCUUUUAAAAUAGUCAUGUUAUCUUUAAAAUGGAAAGUUUUUAGGUUGUAUUUUAAUUUUGUCAGGUAUUUAGAACUCUGGUUAAUGAGGGUAUGUCCUUUUCUGGCUUAUUAUAAAUUCGGUUAUGUCAAUUCGCACGUCAGAGUUCUAGCCGAGUAACUAAGAAAUUAAUAAACAU